CAGCAUCUGAUCAGUCUCUUCAGGUCUCUUCCUGCUUUUUUUCUUUGAUCAAUUCCAUUGCUCUGUACAUCAGACCUUUAAUUACACAAGAACAUUGGCAAUCUCGCCGAGUGUCGUGACCGAGUCACAUAGUCAGGAACAGUCAGUACGAAAAGAGGACUAGCAUUCAAUUGGUCUACGAAUUACCCGAACACUAGCUUCUUCCAUUACCACCAUCUAUCAUGGAUUCAGAUAUCCAGCAAGGCCCCUCAACGACACCUGCAACGGCAGCAGUGGCCCCCCAAAUCCGUUCCCGUAUUACUGUUGUUUGCGCUGAGUGCAAACGCUUAAAACUUAAAUGUGACCGAAGGAAUCCCUGUGGAAGCUGCCAGAAACGCGAUACGGUUUCGCGGUGUAUAUAUUCACCUGCAGCGGCAGAAAAAGUAGACUUACACUCGCUCAACAACCGACUUAUCCAAGUUGAAGCCACUUUGGCCCAGCUUACUUCCGGCCAAUUCACGCCAUCAUAUCCCUUCUCGGCUCCAUCCUCCUCAAAUGGCCCUCCCCCGCCUUCAUCAUCUCUCAAUACUAUUCUCAGUCCACCUACAAUACAACACUCCUCGCUUGCAAUCCCACUCGAAGAAAUAGGUGGUACUUGGCUCAAUGAAAUCGACCUAGGUUUCAACCUACCCGCUGGAUUUACUGCUCCGCCCAAGGAAGGCACUUUUUCAAACGUUAAAACAGACCAAGCACGUCAUCUUCAUCCUCCUCAUCUGUCAAUCAAACUACAAUAGCAUCUCCCAACCUUGCAUCACUUUCAAUUUCCUCUUCUAAUGGCCAUGUUCAGCUUCCACCCACCAGUGAAUACUAUCCCUCCUCGCCAUCUUUCCCAUCCACAUCGAACAAACCACAACUAACUCCUGCACUGAUUGCCUUACUCCCA